CCGUUCCUCUCGGGUGAAAAUGGCGGCUCCCUUAACACUAGUCUUGAUUUUAGCAGUGACAAUAAGAGCAGUAUUAUUCCGUUCUAGUUUAGCUACACUGAUCGCCGACAGGGUUGAAGUCGCGUCUCCUCUAAAUUCGUGGAAAAGGGUUGUCGAGGGUCUUGCCCUGUUGGAUCUGGGGGUCUCGCCAUAUUCGGGAGAUGUAUUUCAUGAAACACCCCUUAUCAUAUACCUCUUUCAUUUUGUGGUGGACUAUGCAGAGAUUGUAUUUAUGAUAGCAGAUGCAAUCACAGCAGUUGCCCUCUAUAUGUCUAUCACAAGCUACAACAAAAAUGUGUUCAGAAAACAGAAGUUUGCUUUGGAUGCAGACAAGUAUCCACACGACUGUCUGGAGCUCAUGCGUUCACCAAAAGAGAUGUUCUACAUUCCUCUCAAAGUGGCCAUGUUUUACCUGCUGAAUCCCUUCAGUAUCCUGUCCUGUGUGGCAAAGUCUACCUGUUGUCUAAACAAUGCCGUAAUUGCACUCUUCAUUCUCUGCACACUAAAAGGAAGUGCCUUAUUAAGUGCAAUCUUCUUAUCCUUGGCAACCUAUCAGAGCAUCUAUCCUCUCACAUUGUUUGCUCCUGCUCUUCUUUUCCUGCUACAGAGGUUAUAUAUUCCAGUCAACCCAUGCAGGAGUAGUUUUUGGUUUUUCACACUCCAGUACGCCUUCAUGUUUGUGGGAAGUCUGAUUGUAAUUGUCUGCCUGUCUUUCUUUUUACUUGGAUCUUGGGACUUCAUUCCUUCAGUCUACGGAUUCAUCCUCUCCGUACCGGAUCUUACUCCAAAUAUCGGCCUCUUCUGGUACUUCUUUGCUGAGAUGUUUGAACAUUUUCGUUUCUUCUUCAUCUGCGUCUUCCAGAUUAACAUCUUUGUGUAUACCAUCCCUCUUUCUAUCAAACUCAAGGACCAUCCAGUAUUUCUCAUCUUCAUGCAGAUCGCCAUCAUCUCUAUCUUUAAAUCAUACCCCACUGUAGGAGACAUAGCACUCUAUAUGGCCUUUCUGCCUGCCUGGAGCUAUCUGUACAGAUUUUUGAGGAACAUCUUCCUCUUUUCCUGCAUUCUGUUGGCGUGCUCCGUCCUCUUCCCUGUUCUCUGGCAUCUCUGGAUCUACGCUGGCAGUGCUAACUCAAACUUCUACUAUGCCAUCACACUACUCUUUAACGUUGGACAGAUCCUACUCAUAUCAGACUACUUCUAUGCUUACUUGCGACGGGAACAUCACCUGAGCCAGGGGCUGUACCUGCAGAGAAAGGAUGGCAGCGAGGCCACACUGGUGUUGAAAUGAGCUCGAAAAAAGCAGCCUGCUUACCUGGUUACCUCUUCUCUUCCUCUAUCCUUUCCUGGACAGAUUUUUAACCAUUUUUUCCCCUCAACCCAGCUUUCAUUUCAAAAGAUAAAAAUUUUGUUUAGCAUUAAUCUGGAAAGUCACUUCAAUUAUCAUGUCGCAAUGAAAAUAAUAAUGAAAUUGUAUACUACAGUGAGUGGCCUACCAUUUUUAUUUUUUAUUUCUUUUUAUUGUUCAAGAGGUGCAGUUGACCAAAUGAGCCAUGGAAUUCAUUAAACAUCUUAAAUAUCUAGUGCUUGAUGUUUAGGUUAACUUAAAUCCGCAUCAUGAAAUCAGAUAAAGGGCUAUUUACUAAUGCAUCAUUCCAACCGAUUCAGUGCAGUGGAACCACUAGUCACAUGUUCCUAAGGUGAAACGAUCAUACAAGUUGUUUUAAGUUAUUUAAGAAAUUAAACUUGCAACAAAUGCAUCAAUAGUGAGUUAUGCAUCUCCACCUAUUUAUUUUUACAAAACUUGUGUUAUAGUUUUUGUUGAAGCAUUUGGUCAUUGAUUUUGACUUGUCUGAGGAUAUCUUUUUCUAAAUGUAAAAGUCGAACAAAUACUGCCUCUCCAUUCAGUGUUUUCUCUGAAGCGAUGCUUCUAGGACUGAUGAUGAUGAUGAUGAUGAUGAUGAUAAUGCAGCAGGAUUUUUCUCAAGAUUUAUCUACAAUGAUUAACAGAACAUAUGCUGUAAUAUUUGUCUCUACAUUUUGUGUACUGUUUCAGUUGUUAUGGGUUGUUUUAAGGGGAAGUUGGACUUCUGUGGGAGGCAGAAGGAGAGUUACAUGAAAACACACCAUGCAAAUAAAGAAUAGUUCCUAAA